CCCCGUGACGUAAAGACGCAAGAAGGGGCGCAUUGCAUUGUGGUCGCCGGUGCCUCGGAAACAGAAAGCAGUGGCGCUCGCGCUCCAGAAAGCUACGCUAACAUUCAGCCUGGACACACUAAAAGUUCUGUAGUUGGUGAGCUUUGACGGCCUACGAAAGCAGCCAUGUCGUCGACAUCCCAAAAACAUAGAGAUUUUGUGGCCGAGCCCAUGGGCGAGAAGCGUGUGAUGGCUCUUGCGGGCAUUGGAGAGGUCCUUGGCAGAAGACUGGAGGAAAAAGGUUUUGACAAGGCGUAUGUCGUCCUCGGGCAGUUUCUAGUGCUAAAGAAAGACGAGGAGCUUUUCCGGGAUUGGCUAAAGGACACUUGCGGGGCAAAUGUCAAACAACAAGGUGACUGCUUUGGCUGUCUUAAAGACUGGUGUGACGCCUUCUUAUAAAUCAUUCAGUCAUUGUUUUAUACUUCUAAAGUCCAUACUGUACAUUACAUCUGUGAUCUUGAUUCAAUUCAGCUACACCAUGUAUAUGAACUCACUCUGAACACUCUAGGGAGAAUAUUGAAGUCAAUCCUUUGGCCCCCCCCAACUGAAUUCACACAUAACUCACCCGGUUAGCCCUUUUAUAGCAGUUUUUUUUAAGCUGGUUGUAGUAGAAGUAAAAGCAGCUGGUUUAACUAAUAACAGUAAGUCAUGUCAUGCUAUGUCACUGAGCCAGCAUGCAAGUAGCAGGCCUGUGACACAGGGACACCUAAAUGUAAUGCAGCCUUUAUUAACGUUAUUCUGUGAGAACCAACUAUGGAGGUGCCCUCAGGCAAAAACUGUUAGUUUCCAGUUUUGGGAAAAAGCGGCUCAUGUUCAUAAUAUUAAUUUUUGUCAUUGGAAUAUUGUAUGUACCGCCUGCUAAAAAGGUUGAAUUUUAAAUGUAUGAUUCAUCGAUGUUGGUCAUGUACUGGGAAUGUUUUUCAGCUAAACAUGGCUAGCUUGUUCUAUGUUUAAACAUUAUACCUUAAGACAAAUCUUGAUGUGUUUUCAGUUCAGCACCCCUUUUUCUUUCUGUGUAACCUGAAGAUUUACCAGUACAAUCUAGACUUAUUUGUACUCACCUUUCACUCUUGGGCUUCUUUGUCUGUUUGAUUUGUCUUACAGCGUGUGUGACAGAUUUAUGUGACACACAAAAACUAAUCCUCAAAACAAAUGUUACACUGGUUUUAGCAGAAAAGCUGUUUUUAUUACAAAAACUUUUUAACUUUGAUCUCAAAGAAACGGCAUGACCAGACCCCCACAUAUGGUCUGCUCAAAGUUUGUUUGAACCCGAGAUGGAAAAGUAUAUGAAUAAAGAUACCAAUGCAACAUGCUCAAACACGUCUAUUCCUGAUUGCUGCAGCCUUUCCAUCUAAUAAUUUACUGACAAGUAUGUUUCUGCCAGAUAAGUUGGCAGUAAACAUACAUUACAAACAAUACAUUUUGUGC